AUGCUUGUACCAUCCCUGCGGUUGUGCGUGGCAGCCCUCUGCCUCUUCGCGUCAUCCACUGCUGUGCCGGUGCCCGAUGACAGCGCCAAUGUGCUGGACAACCCGCUGAACUGGCAAUUCCAGGGAGCCUCGCUCUCGGUCGCCCGGUCGCGUAUUGCCGCGGCCUCAGCCGGCCACUACGCGCUGUUUGGCGGCGGAUACCUGCAGAACGAAACAUACACAGACAUUGUCGACAUCUACCACCGGACCACCAAUAAAUGGAGCACAGCGCACCUGUCAUCGACCCGGUCGUCAGUAUCGGCGGGAUCGGUCGGAGACCGCUAUCCCGUGACCACCGUCGACGUAUAUGACACAUCCAAUGACUCGUGGUCGACCCUGCAGCUGACAGUGCCGCGGGCAUCGCCCAAGAUCAUCAAUCUUGGCAGCCAGACGGCGAUUGUCGGCGGGCUGAGCGGCGACCUGCAGUACCUGAGCAGCGCGGUGGACUUUAUCGACCAUGAUCUGAAGAUCACUGCGGCGAAGCUGGAUGUCAACUACCCGCAGUACGGGUUCGCGGCCGGGGAUCGUUCGGGCACCGGGCUAUUUACCGGCGGAUACGAGAAUCAGAAGCCCGGCGAGCGCUUCAAUGACUUCCAGGCGUCGAACCAGACGAGCAUUUUGAAGGCCAGCGGGAAGCCGGAGAUUUCCCGCGGCCCGCUGUUCCCUGACCCGCGCUGGGGCGCCGGAAGCGCAGCUGCCAAUGGCGUGUUCGUGUUUGGCGGCGGACACAAGUUCACCGAGACAGAUACAGUCGUGUCGGAUCGCGUCGACGUGUUUAGCCUGAAGACCAACAGCUGGUGCAGCCCAGUGUCCCUGAGCACUGCACGCGACUACCCUGUCACCCAUGCGAUCGGCGAUUACAUUGUGUUUGUUGACGGUACUGUGCUGACCAAGGACUUUGAUGUGUUUGAUACCCGCACACUCAAGUUCGUCAAGAACGAUAAGCACAAGCCGGCGCUGUACACACACCGGACGGAUGCCGGAUCGACGGUCGUUGAUGACUGCCUGCUGAUUAUUGCUGGCGGUGACGUGUACCAGGGCCGCAAUGUGACUGGGUCUGUCGAACUGUUCAAUGCAUGCAAGCACUAG